AUGGUAGGAAAAGCUAGAUCUUCCAAUUUUACCUUAUCUGAAAAGCUUGAUUUGUUAAAGCUUGUGAAGCCAUAUGUUAAAAUUCUGGAAGAACACACUAACAAACAUUCAGUAAUAGUGGAAAAGAAUAGAUGUUGGGAUAUCAUAGCAGUUAACUAUAAUGCAAGUGGAGUAGACCGCCCUCCUCGAACAGCGCAGGGCCUACGCACUCUUUACAAAAGGCUCAAAGAAUAUGCCAAACAGGAGCUAUUGCAGCAAAAAGAGACCCAAUCAGAUUUUAAAAGCAAUAUUUCUGAGCCAACCAAGAAAGUUAUGGAGAUGAUUCCCCAGAUUUCCAGUUUUUGCCUGAUAAGAGACAGGAACCACAUACAAAGUGCAAACUUGGAUGAGGAAGCACAGGCUGGUACAAGUUCACUACAGGUAUUGUUGGACCACCAUCCAGUUGCUAUUACAGUGGAGGUGAAGCAAGAAGAAGACAUUAAGCCCCCUCCUCCACUGGUUUUAAAUUCUCAACAGAGUGAUACUUUAGAGCAAAGAGAAGAACAUGAAUUAGUACAUGUUAUGGAAAGAUCUUUGUCACCGUCACUUUCCUCUGUUGAUAUGAGAAUGACAUCGUCUCCAUCUUCUAUCCCAAGGAGAGAUGAUAUUUUUCGGCAUGAAAGUGGAGAAAAUUUUAGGUCACAGUUAGGGUAUGAUCCUCAGAUUCUGCAAAUGCUGAAAGAGGAGCAUCAGAUAAUUUUAGAAAAUCAAAAAAAUUUUGGAUUAUAUGUUCAGGAGAAGAGGGAUGGCUUGAAAAGAAGGCAGCAGCUAGAGGAAGAGCUGCUAAGAGCAAAAAUUGAAGUGGAGAAGCUGAAAGCAGUUCGCUUACGGCAUGAUCUAUCUGAAUAUAAUAGUCUCUAAGAUUGUUUUUUGCAGUCUUGCAAUUUGAUAAUUUUAAU